AUGCGUUGUUUUUAUGAUUCAUUGAAGAAGUUCGCCAAUAUGUUCAAUAUUCACGUGCAGUUGGUUUUAUCAGAAAUUAAUAUUGAGGAGAUACGCGAAGCGAUGAAGUUUUCAUCGAAAUAUAGAAAGAUUACGUUUAAAUGCAGUCAACCAGUUAAUCAUCGUUAUGAUAUUAAGAAAGCAUUUGGACUGCUUUAA